AUGCCAAGCAAGAGCACCAAAUCCUCCACAGCAGCCCAUCGGAAAGGCAGAAAGCCCUUAGAGGACCCCAUCACUGACAUGGAAGUGGAAAACGAAGACAACAGGCAGCCUAGUGAGGUACCUCCACAAGAAGUCUCAGAUGAAGUGCUUGAUAAUCGAAGUUUAGAAGAGAUUUUGGGUAGCAUCCCUCCUCCCCCACCUCCAGCAAUGACCAACGAAGCUGGUGCUCCUCGUCUCAUGAUAACUCAUAUUGUAAACCAGAACUUCAAAUCCUAUGCAGGGGAGAAAACUUUGGGACCUUUUCAUAAGCGUUUUUCAUGUAUUAUUGGGCCUAAUGGCAGUGGCAAGUCCAAUGUCAUUGAUUCGAUGCUUUUUGUGUUUGGGUAUCGAGCACAAAAAAUCAGAUCCAAAAAACUCUCUGUGCUGAUCCAUAAUUCUGACGAACACAGGGACAUCCAGAGUUGCUCUGUAGAAAUUCACUUCCAAAAGAUCAUUGACAAGGAAGGAGAUGAUUAUGAAGUCAUUCCUGACAGCAAAUUUUAUGUAUCUAGAACUGCCUAUAAAGAUAAUUCUUCUGUCUACUACAUCAAUGGGAAGAAAACAACAUUCAAAGAUGUUGGUAUUCUUCUUCGAAGCCAUGGAAUUGAUCUGGAUCAUAACAGAUUCUUGAUUUUGCAGGGGGAAGUGGAACAGAUCUCAAUGAUGAAACCAAAAGGCCAGACUGAACAUGAUGAAGGCAUGCUUGAGUAUUUAGAAGACUUAAUAGGAUCUGCACGACUCAAAGAGCCCAUCCAAAGUCUUUGUCGCAGGGUUGAGCUUCUAAACGAGAAGAGAGGAGAAAAGUUAAACAGAGUGAAAAUAGUGGAAAAAGAAAAGGAUGACUUGGAAGCAGAAAAGAACAAUGCUCUGGAGUUUCUGCGUGUGGAAAACAAACUGUUUCAGGAGAAGAAUCGCAUCUGCCAAUACCACAUGUAUGACCUAAAGAAACAAGUGAAAGAUCUGGAGAUGGAGAAAGAAAAACUUAAUGAGGAAACCAAAGAUAUUAAUGAGAAAAGCAGUAAACUUGCUGAUGAAUUGAAAAUCAAGAAUAAAGCUUUGAAAGAUGUUGAAAAGAAAAUGAAAAAAACUCAACAUUUUAUAGAAGAAAGUAAAGAAAAAUUCACUCAGCUGGAUUUACAGGAUAUUAAAGUAAGGGAAAACCUAAAACAUGCCAAAAGCAAAGCUAAAAUACUGGAGAAGCAACAACAAAAGCACAAAGAAAAGGUAGAAGAACUGAAAACUGUACCUUCUGUUAGUGAAAAAGCCAUCAGCGAAGCAAACUCUAAGAAAGAGCUUCUUGAGAAGAACAAAGAGAAAGAAGAAAUAAAACUGAAGCAGGUUUUGAGCAACCUUAAGGAAGAAACACGAGGGAUUCAGGAAGAAAAAGAGGGCAAAGAGGAAGAGCUGAUGGAGCUCAGCAAAGCAGUGAAUGAAGCACAGGCAAAGAUGGACGUUGCCCAGUCAGAGCUUGAGAUCUACCUCAGCCAUUACAACAGUGCUGUGUCUAACCUCAAUGAGGCAAAGGAGGCUCUGGCCACCACUUCAGAGACCCUGAAGGAGAGGAAAGCUGCUAUCAAAGAUUUCAAUAUAAAAAUACCCCGAGCUGAACAGGAAUUGAAGGAGAAAGAGGAGGAGUUUGAGAAGCUGAGCAAAGAAGAGUUCGAGGUCAAGAAUCUUGUUCGAGAUCUGCGUGAAAAAGCAGAGGAAUCCAAAAGUUCUUUAGCACAAAGUCGCAACCGAGGGAAAGUGCUGGAGGCUCUGCUUCAGCAGAAGAGAGCUGGGAAAUUACCUGGAAUCUAUGGAAGACUGGGAGACCUGGGAGCCAUCACUGAGAAGUACGAUGUUGCCAUCUCCUCCUCCUGCGGUGCCCUGGACGACAUCGUGGUUGAUACAAUCGACACUGCACAGCAGUGUGUGAAUUUCCUAAAGGUCAACGGGAUUGGAGUUGCCACCUUUAUAGCCCUGGACAAAAUGAAUAUAUGGGAAAAAAGAAGUCAGGCCAUCUCCACUCCUGAGAACAUCCCUCGGCUCUUUGACCUGGUGCAAGUGAAGGACUCUAAGAUCCGCCUGGCUUUUUACUUCGCCCUGCGGGACACUCUGGUAGCCAAGGACAUGGAUCAAGCUACCAGAGUGGCAUUCCAAAAUGAGAGGAGAUGGAGGGUGGUGACUCUGCGAGGAGAAAUCAUUGAACAGUCAGGGACAAUGACUGGUGGUGGAGGUAAAACAAUGAAGGGCAGAAUAGGUUCCUCAGUCGUUGUGGUUGUUUCAGAAGAGGAGGUCAAAAAAAUAGAAUCUGAGCUAGAGAAGGAGUCUAAAAGAGCAGCAGAGGUAGAAGAAAAGAAAUUACAAGUGCAGGAAGCUGUAAGAAAACUGCACCAAGAUGUUCAGGAAAUGAGAAACACUCUGGAAAAGUACACAGCAAGUAUCCAGAAUUUAUCUGACCAAGAAGUUCAUCUGAAAACCCAAAUGAAGGACCUUGAAGCUAAAGUGGCUGCUGCUGUUCCAGAUAAAAACAAACAGAAGGAACUGGAAAAAAAACAUAACACUUAUAAAAAAGACUACGAGUGCCUUGCUGAGAAAGCUGGGAAAAUGGAGCAAGAAGUCAAACGGUUGCAGAACCUCAUCAUGGAUAUCAAUAAUUCCAAACUGAAGGCACAGCAGGACAAACUGGACAAGAUCAACAAAGAAAUAGAUGAAUGCAGCUUGGCUAUCACUAAAGCCCAGGUGGCAAUCAAGAGCGCAAACAGAAACCUGAAAAGAGCUGAAGAAUCCAUUCUUCAUGGGGAGAAGGAGAUUGAGCAGAAUGCAGAAGAGAUUAAGAGGUUGACUGAAGAGUUGACUACGCUAGAAGGGAAAGCCACUGAGGUUCUGGGUGAGCGCAAGCAAGCUGAAGAGAUGUUACCAGAGAUCAAGGAGGAACAUCAGAGCCUGCUCCAGGAGAUCAGAGAUGUUCAGGAUGGUGAACAUGCACUUCAGACAGAAGCUCUUAAUAUCAAGCUGAAGAUUCAAAAAGUGGACAGCAACAUCUCCACACACCAGUCAAAGCUUAAGUACUGGCAAACAGAGAUCUCCAAAUUAUCACUGCACUCCAUAGAAGACAAACCAGCAGAAGAACUCCCAGUGCUGAGUCAAGAAGAGCUGGAGGCUAUCAAGGACCCCAAAGUCAUUAUUAAUCAGAUAGCUCUGCUGGAAUCCCAGUGUCAAGCAAUGAAACCAAACCUGGGUGCUAUUGCAGAAUACAAGAAGAAGGAAGAGCUGUACUUGAAACGUGUGGCUGAGCUGGACGAGAUCACCAACGAGAGAGACAAGUUCAGACAGGCUUUUGAAGACCUCCGGAAACAAAGGCUGAACGAAUUCAUGGCAGGGUUUAACAUCAUCACCAACAAACUGAAGGAGAACUACCAGAUGCUCACGUUGGGAGGAGAUGCUGAGCUGGAGCUUGUGGACAGCCUGGAUCCCUUCUCUGAGGGAAUCAUGUUCAGUGUUCGGCCUCCCAAGAAAAGCUGGAAGAAGAUAUUUAACCUGUCAGGAGGAGAGAAGACUCUGAGCUCCCUGGCUCUGGUCUUUGCUCUUCAUCACUACAAGCCAACACCACUUUACUUCAUGGAUGAGAUUGAUGCAGCCCUUGACUUCAAAAAUGUCUCCAUUGUAGCAUUUUACAUCUAUGAGCAGACCAAGAACGCCCAGUUCAUCAUCAUCUCGCUGCGCAACAACAUGUUUGAGAUGGCAGACAGGCUGAUUGGCAUCUACAAGACCCACAACACCACCAAGAACGUGGUCACCAACCCCAAAGUGAUCGGAGCCAAAGGGCUGCUGCAACUUGCUCUUGCCCAGCAUCACAUUGCAGAGAAUCUUCCUCAAGUCACUGCAAGAAAGUGA